CACACUAGAAGACAGAAAAACAACACUUCACAAAAACUCCAACGAGAGCGAAAAAAUUUCAUAACAGAGUUGCUGAAAUAUCCUUCGCUGCAAACUUUUCUUCCUUUCCAAAUUUCUCACAUCUCAAUUCGGCGGUUCCCAUUUACUUGCGCCCUUCUUUUCCCCUCACCUCCUCCCCUUCUUCAUCCCAAUGGCUUCUCCUUCUUCUUCUUCUUCUUCCACCCUCCCUCCUUCCACUCUCCUCCUCCUUGCUCUGUUCCUCAACCCUCUCGCCGGAUCCCCCGAACAUGCUCCACCCGCUGGCGCCGGACCUGCCAUCUCCACCACAACGUUGUCGCCGGAGACGGUAGUAAUUUCCCCCGACCAAACUCCGGCGAAUUCCCCAUCUCCACCGUCGUCUUCCUACCAGAAGCUGCUGAAAGUUCUGGGCGUUGUUGCCGGCAUCGCGGCGGCGGUCGCGGGACUGAUCUACUUCAUCUUCUGCUGCUUCCGGAGGUGGGAUCGGAGUAGUAAGUACGGCGGUACGAUGAAGAAGCAGAGGAGCUUCCGCUUGCAGGAGACCGGCGGGGUCGGUCAGUUGAAGACGGUCACGACGGUGGUGAAAGAUAUGGUGAUUAGUGACAGCGGCGGCGGUUUGGUCGGGAGCUCUGGCGGCGGCGGUGGGGGAGAGCCCAAGGAUGACGGCAACAAUUUCUCGCAGUUCAGCUUGAAUUCCAGCUUCGAGGUGGAGAAAUUGGUCGACGUGGCCAGCGAUCGUAAGAACAGCAGCUGGCAGAUCGUGGUUCACGAGCCCGUUUACGGCGGCGAAAGGGAAAAUCAUAAGUACUACGAAGAAGCCGAUGAUGAUGAUGAUGAUACGCCGGUUGGAAAUCAGACGUUGCCGUUGCCGUUGCCGGCGCCAGUUGCUUCCAAUCGGAGACAGCCUUUUCUAUCAUCAUCAUCAUCACCUUCUUCUUCUUUUUCUUCUUCUUCCCCACCGCGAAUAUCUUCCACUCUACCAGCGGUUCCAGUGCCGCCGUCGACUCCGGCGAAUUCUCUCCCUCCUGCCCCGCCACCGCCUCCGCCUCCUCCGCCUCCACCGCCAUUACCGAUGGAAUUCGUUAAUAAAGAUAGAUCUAAUAACAAUCCAGGGAAUGGAUGGGGAUCGUCUGCGUCAAGCCGGCCGCCGACGGCGCCAAGAGAGAAAACUACCAAAAACCGAGGAUGGGGAAGAAAAACAGAGGAGAAUCUUGAUAGUAUUAGCUCUGAUCACACAAAGCUCCGGCCUUUUCAUUGGGACAAGGUUGGGGCUAAUAGCCAUGAUCAUUCAAUCGUUUGGGAUGAACUUGAAGACGGCUCCAUCAGGUUCGAGGACGGCCAAAUUGAGGCAUUAUUCGGUUACAGGAAGAAACCCAAUUCUUCUUCCAGAACCCCAGUGCACGCUGCAUCAUCGGCGAACUCAAGCGGCAGAAGCACUCCAUCAUCCAAAGCCCCGAUCUUCAUCCUGGACCCGAGAAAAUCCAUGAACGCGGCGAUCGUCCUGAAAUCGUUAGCAACCACGCAGAACCAAAUCCUGAGCGCUCUACAGGAAGGCUACGGAGUUCGCCCCGAUAUCCUCGAGAAGCUCGCCAAGAUUUCGCCGACCAAGGAGGAAGCUUCCCGAAUCUCGCGAUUCGACGGCGACCCGGCGAAGCUGGCCGACGCCGAGUCCUUCCUGUACAGCAUCCUGAAGGCGGUUCCGACGGCGUUUUUCCGGGUGGAAGCGAUGCUGUUCCGAUCGAGCUACAAUUCGGAGAUUCGAAACCUGAAGGUGUCGCUGAAGACGGUCGAGCUGGGAUGUCAGGAGCUUCGGGAACGCGGAUUGUUCCUGAAGCUCCUGGAAGCCAUCCUGAAGGCCGGCAACAAGAUGAAUGCCGGGACGUCGAGAGGGGAUGCCAAAGGGUUCAACCUCACCGCUCUCAGGAAGUUGUCCGAUAUCAAGAGUACCGACGGAGAGACCACUCUGCUCCGGUUCGUGGUGGAGCAGGUGGUCCGAUCGGAAGGGAAAAGGCAAGUUUCGAAACAGGACAACUCGACGACGAUGACAGAGGAGGAGCGGAAGGAGGAGUUUUUAUCCCUCGGGUUGAGAUCGAUGCAGAAUUUGGGCUUGGAAUUCUCCAAUGUAAAGAAGGCGGCCGCGAUUGAGAGCAGAGAAUUCAUUACCACUUGCUCUGCUCUGGCGGCGAGACAAAUCGAGACGAAGCGAAUCCUGACUGGGUGCAAGGAGGAAGAGAGAGGGGAAUUCACGAGGGAGAUGAGGGGAUUUCUGGAUGAAUGUGAGGAGGAAUUGAGAUCGGUGAUUGAAGAGCAGGAGAGAGUGAUGGAGCUUGUGAAGAGAACGACGACGUAUUACCAGGUAGGAGGAGGAAGAAACAGGGGAGUCGGGGAGCAGCCGUUGGAGCUGUUUGUGAUUGUGAAGGAUUUCCUGGGCAUGGUGGAUCGGGUGUGUACAGACAUUUCUCGGAGUCGUAGUAGGAAGAAGAACGGCGGCGGAACGAAUUCAACGAGGGUGAGGGCGACGGCGACUCUGCCGCCGCCGGCUGGUGGUAAUACCAGUUCAGGCAAACAGGUCCCGCGAUUCUUCAAUUUUUCGCCCGCUUCUGCUGCUGUAGCUGAUGCAUCCGACGAGGACGAGGACGACUUCUGAACAGAGAUAUUCAUUAGAAAUUAUUUUGUUAAGUACUGACUUCUUUUCUCCCUCAAUUUCUUUCACCAUUAGAAGUGCGAUUCAAAGGAAUUGUGUGUACAUCACGAGAUUGCAAUAAAGAUUUUGUGCAGUUACUCAUAUUCAGCACAGUUACACUUGUUGCGUUUCAGAUACAUAUUCAACGGGUUGAUCUCGGAUUGCUCUGGACCAAACCAACGUUUGGACAAGGACCAUAUGAACAUAUCUAAUCGAACAUAAUGUGGUCUGGCUCUAGAUCACAACAAUUUUAUAAAUACUGAAAAAAAUUGGUUGAAUUGGUAUUUGGAUCGGACCAAAGCAGUUAUAAUGCAUAGUUGGUCUGAUACUCGGUCUUAAAAUAUCUUUCAUUAUCAUAUUGGACCGGGGUUCUCAUGAAUUUGCUUCGGUCUAACCCCCAUCGACUUUGAAAUAUAGGUAAAGUCAAAUGUAAAAUUCGUAACAAGUUUAGAAUAAAUAGCAAUCGGCAAGGCAUUAGCCCCCCUUCCUAAUUACCACACUUCAAAUUAGCCUAACCAUUUAGAUUUCUGAUUCCGCCAAUGCUGUGUAAUGGUGCUCGACUGCGGAGGGCCCCCCAGUUGUGAUCCUGUGGGCAAUUAAGACGGUCAUUGAGAAAGAGUCUAUUUGGAGUUUAAUCAUCUCUCGUUGUAAGAUUGUGGUUGAUGCCCUAGAGAAGCUAUGUAAUGAGUCGGAAAGGCAUUAGCCCCCUCCCUAAUUGCCAGGGUUCAAAUUAAAUUAGCUCAUCCAUUCAGAUUUCUGGCUCCGCCACUACUGUAUGAUGGUGCUCGGUUGUGGAGGCUCAGUUGUGAUCCUCUUGGCAAUUAAGACGGUUAUUGAGAGAGAGUUUUCAGAGUUUGAUCAUCCCUCGUUGUAAUAUUGUGGUUGUUGUGCUCUGUAAUGAGUGGCAAGACGAAUCAUAUAGCAAGAAAGGGUCUCUGCGACAGCCGACAACACCCUGCUUCCGGGAUGGAUCUCUUUGGUAUUGUGAUGCCUGCCCCAUUUGGCAUUUGGCGCUCUUCCGCCGGGCGGUCUCUCAUGGAUUCAAACUUGUCUCUUUCAGGCUGUCGAUCGGCCUUGCCUGCAACCUUUGGAGGUUUGGACUAAUCCUUCCUUCUUUCUUUCUCCCGUCUUCCAUCUCUGCCACAUGGAUUCCGAUAUCUAACCUCUUGAGUCUUGUCCUUCUUAUCUCUUAUCCAAACAGUAUAAGCCGUUUUCUUUCUUCUGAGGAGGUUUGCAUUUGCUAUUCACUGACUUCUUUGUUGUUACGUUUGGGGUGGGACUUGUUUAAGUAAGUACAUAAUUGUCUACCAGGAAUUUUUUUUUAUAGAUAAGUUUCCCUUUUAAUUAAUCUUAGGAAUGCUUGUAAAGUAUUUAUAUUCCACUAUUCCAGGUUUUUAAUAUCUCUUUCCGAUACUAGUUGGCCCAAGGUUGUUAAACAACUAUCAGAUUUCUGAUUGGACCCGGUCCGACCUAAGAUGGGCUUCAAAACAGCCUCCAAAAAGCCCCUCGAUAUGACUCCUAAAGAGGGAGAAGAAGUAGGGAUGACAAUGGGUCGGGUUGGGCGUGGAUAGUGCAUAUCCGUUACCCUACCCAAAGUAGUUCGGGUUUUACCCAUACCCAUACCCGCAUAAGAAAUGGGUAGAAAAUCAAAACCGUGCCCAUACCCGUUCGGAUUUCGGGUAUCCAUGGGUAAUAAUUUCUCUUUAUAACUCCAACCAAUAUGUUAACAUUCACACAUAUUCUCACAUUACAUAAAAGGAAAAGUACGACAGUAAUUCACUAGAAUGAAGAAAAUUAAUUAAA